AUGGAUGCGCAUGCGCUCCUUUCCGCCCAAGGCUGGCGCGGAACCGGCCAUUCCCUGCACAAGACAGACGACUCAAUUGGCCUCGCGAAACCUCUCCUCCUCAACCGCAAGACAAAUACAAAGGGUCUCGGAAACACAAAACACUUCACGAGCGAUCUAUGGUGGAUGGACGCCUUUGACGAACAACUCAAGGGUCUCGACACGUCCAAAGAAGGCAAAGUCGAGCAGACAGUGACAACGGGAAAGCUCAAUGCCCUCGACCCGGGACGCGUAUCGAAAUACUCCAUCUACGCUUCCUUUGUUCGAGGUGGCUUUCUGCAGGGAACAAUUACUCCGGAGUUGACAGAUGAUUCGACCAGCACCGAAUCGGACAAGAGCGAUGACAAGAAGACAGCUCCGUCAAAGGGAACAAAAUCCGAUACAAAGCCUAAGAAAGAAAGCAAGGAGGAGAAAAGAGCUCGAAAAGAGGAGAAGAGGAAACGAAAAGAGGCGCGCGCGCUACGGAGAGCAGCAAAGGCUGAAAGACGGCUGAGGAGAGCAAAAGCGAAGAAGGAUACUCAGACUUCAGAUUCCAGCAGUAGUAGUACGGCGGAAGAGAAGCGGCUGAGGCGUGCUCAGAAGGAGGAAAAGCGUAGGAGAAAAGAAUUGGAGAAGAAGAAGGCAAAGGGCGAUUAA